AUGGAAAACGCCAUCCCCAAUGCAGAAAUUCACUUUGGGAUAGAUUGGGUUACAAAUGCACACGCUUCCGGCCUAGAAAGGUGUUCGGCGCAGGUCAUAGACCCGCUAUCAGCCUCUUUCUUCCAUACACAUAUCGAAGCAAUGAUCGAUCCUUCGUCGCGGCUCCUUACGCCCAACACCUCUGGGGACGAGAACUCGGAUACCGACGCAGACGAGACAGUCGUGUCUGUUUCCUCGUCGUUCUAUCCGGGUGCCCAUGAAGGGAGUCAUGACGCGAUCUUGCGGACAAGCGACUCUGUCCUGUUCUACUUCCAUUCCCCCGUGCUGCAGUCGGUUUCUACGAGGGCGUUUGAAUCUUUCAUUGGGAGUGCCACCGCUGCACGAGUGACACAGGACGAGAUCAUCGAUAUACCCGAAACUUCAACGACGUUGAACGUAAUCGUUCAUGCCUUGUACAAUACUUCGUGUGCGCAACACGCACCUACGCUGGACGUCCUGGAGUCGGCGAUUGAUAGAAUGCCAUCUUACAAUAUAACUCCCAGUGCCCACAUUUUACCCGGGAGCCAUCUGUAUGGUUUGCUCCUCACGCAUGCGCCGCUCUCGCCUCUGCGGGUGUAUGCGUUGGCGGCCCACCACCAGCUGCAUGAACUAGCCGUGCAUGCGUCCUCGCACACCCUUGCUAUCCCGCUGUCCAGCAUCACGGAUGACAUCGCGAGGAGAAUUGGGGCGAUCUACCUCAAGAAGCUCAUGACGCUCCAUAUGGCCCGCCAGGAACACUUCAAGAAUAUCAUCCUCCAGCCUCCGGAGCUGCACCUCGUGUCGAAGGCGUGCUCGUUCCAGGACCAGAAACGGCUGAGCCGUGCAUGGGCCCUGGCUGCCGCUUACUUUGCCUGGGAUGGGAAGAAUGAUGUCCCGAUUAAUGAGCUUCAGCGGACUUUUGCUAGCUUGGAAGAUGGGCUCGAUUGCGACCAGUGUAAGGGGACUUUGCGGAAGAGGAUUAAGGAGAUUGUCGUCCAGUGGGCGGCGGCCAAGAUGCUGGCUCCUUUCAACCUCCCCAAAGGCAAAACACUACUGGUGACUGACGAACUCGCUGCACCGGCGGAUUUUAUCGUCUAUGAAGCUGUAAAAGAGCUGAUCAAGGAUGGGAAUUCUGGAAAAGACUCUACUUUGGCACCGACUGCUCUUGUCCUCUCGACCUCUGUGGAUCUCAAUCGGUGGAAGUCUGUUAUGCUCAAAUAUAGUGUAAAUCUGGCAACAUAUAUCUCGUCGAACACGGUCCAGUUUUUGGACCUCAUGGAGUUGGCACAGCUGGACGGCGAACCGAAAGAACCAAAGUUCACAAGGGUUCUUGACCUGGUUUCUCAAUCGUUAGAUGGGAAGCCGGGCGCUGAAACACUGGUCAUACUCGACGAUACGGCGAGUUUGGAAUGGAUCGGUCACUCACCGCUCGAUGUAUGGCGCUUUUUGCGGAAACUGCGCGCUAGAUGCUUAAAGGCGGGAGCGACGCUGCUCAUCCGACAUCACGUCGCCUCCGCAAACGACCCAGACCAGUUAUUCUUGCAACUUGUUGACGUUUGUGCGUAUCAUCUUGACGUCAGACCGUUGUAUAGUGGUCGGAGCGGUGCUGUCAGUGGAGAGGUCGCGCUGUAUGCUGGUCCGCUUGCGGCGGAUGCGGAUGAAGUCAAGCUCAUUUCGAGGAGCUCGGCGCUUCAGUACAGGCUGACUGAUAAUGGGCCGGUCUACUUUGAUAAAGGGACGAGUGAGGGGGUUUUGUAG